AUGGUUAAUUUUCUUAUUGCUCAUGGAGCAGAUAUAAACCAUAAGGCCAUUCUACGCUUUACGCCAAUAAGUUUUGCCUGCCAGCAAGGGUAUUUAGAUAUAGUUAAGACUUUGAUUGAAAAUAGAGCAGAUCUUAGUACUAAAACAGAUAAAGGUAAUACACCUUUACACCUAGCAGCAGAGAAUGGCCAUCAAGGUAUAGUAAACAUCCUUAUUGGGAAGGGAUUAGAUGUUAAUGCUGUGAAUGGUGAUAAGGCAAGACCUUUGCAUUGUGCUGUACAAAAUGGUAACUUGGAGGUAGUUAAAGCUCUCAUUUCACACGGUUCGAAUGUUACUGCUGGAUCUUCAGGAGUAAGUCGUCAUGUAAUCAAUCAUAGAGUUGAUGCAAACAUUACACCCUUACAUCUGGGAACUCAAAGUGGUAGGCUGGAUAUUGUUCAAGUUCUGCUUGAAGCCGGAGCAAAUGUCAAUGCAGAAACAGGCGAUAAGAUUACUCCUUUACAUUUAGCUUCUCAGUUUGAUUUUUUAGAGUUAGUAGACCUUUUAAUUGAAAAAAAAUCUAAUGUUAAUGCUAGAGAUUGUGAGAAUGUUACUCCUCUGCAUUUAGCAGCAGAACGUAAUAAUAUUGGUGUAGUUAAGUCUCUUCUUCUUGUGGAGGGAAUUGAUGUUAAUGCCAAAAGCUUAGAUAAUACCACUGCUUUACAUAUAGCGUCUCAGAAUGGUCAUAUUGAAGUAGUGAAGUUAUUAACUGAGAAAGAAGCUCCCAUUAAUGCUAAAAAAAAUGAAGGUUUCACACCUUUACAUCUAGCACUUCAGCAAAAGCAGUUUGAGGUGAGCAAUUUUUUAAUUGAAAAUGGAGCAGACAUUAAUGCCACAGAUGAUCAGAAUUGGACUCCUUUACAUAAUGCGGCAUAUAAUGGUUUUUCUUUAAAAAUAGUAGAGAACUUAAUUGCAAAAGGAGCAAAUGUGAAUGCUAAGAUGGAUGAUAGUAGAAGAGCUCUACAUUUGGCAGCAGAACAUAAUCACUUGGAAAUAAUGAAUUGCUUGAUUGAAAAUGGAGCUGAUGUAAAUGCUUUAGAUAACAGAAGAUGGACUCCUCUACAUUGCGCAGCAUAUGAUGGUAAUUUAGAAGUUGUUAAAUCUUUGCUUGAUAAAGGAGCAGACAUUAAUGCUAAAACAGCAGUUAAAAGAACUGCGCCUCUGCACUUUUCAACAGAUCACGGUCAUUUAGAGGUGGUUGAAUUGCUGUUAAAAAAGGGGGCAGAAGUAAAUAUCCUAGAUCAUACAAAUUGGACUCCUUUACAUUUUGCAGCAGAAAAGGGUUAUGAUCCGAUUAUCAUUCUUCUUUUGAAGCACGGUGCUGAUGUAAAUGCAAAAGAAAAUCAAUCCAAUGGCACAGCCUUACAUUUUGCAGUUCAAUAUGGCCAUCCUAAGGUAGUCAAAACUCUUAUUAAAAAUGGUGCUGAUGUUAAUGCCAAAAUGGAUAAAAAUGCUACUCCUUUGCACUUAGCAGUACAAAUUGGUAACUUUAUCAUGGUUAGGUCACUGCUUAAUAAUGGAGCUUAUUUUAAUGCUAGAGCUGAAGGAGGUAGAUAUGUUUUACCACUACAUUUUGCAGAAAGAAGAGGAAUUCAUGCAGUCAUCAAAUUACUAAAAUUGGUUGAGAAGCUAUUUAAAGCUGUAGAAGAUAACAAUUAUUUAGAAAUAGAGAAUUGCGUUAGAGAUGGAGUAAUCAUUGAUUCGAGAAAUGUUGAUGGACUAACACCAUUACAUUAUGCCGUUAAUAAUGGCCGUAUAAAAGUUGUAAAUGUCUUGCUAGCUAAAGGAGCUGAUACUAAGAAAGUUACUAAUAACGGUGAAACUCCAUUACAUUUUGCUGUUGCCAAAGGUCAUGAAGAAAUUAUUAAAGCUUUGUUACAGCAUGUCCUUUACAUAAUGCAGCCAUAA